CAGGCGCGACAAAAUAAAUUGUCUGUGAGUCGGAGCGGAUGAGAUAAAACGUGUUCAAGCGACAAACUAAUUUGUUUUUUUAGGUAAAACAAAAAGAAAAAAAAUGGAAUUGGAUUCCAUGAAGUAUGCCGAAUUACGCAGUCUUGCGAAGGAGAUUGGGCUCAAAACCUCAAAACUGAAGGCUGAUAAGCUUCUGAAGGUGCUCAAGGAGCAUUUCCAGCAGCAGGGAGAUGUUGCAGUGGAGCAGGGGGAUGAGACUGGCAUCGCUGCACAGGAUGACAUCAACUCAACCCAGGAAGUCGUCAAUUCAUCACAGGUUGAUGAGCCUUUCCUAAAACAUCAAGCUCAGGAGUUUGUUACCAAACGUCGCGGUAGAGGGCGACCGAAGAAGAGGAAGGAGCCUGAAGAUGAGAUCUUUGAGAAGCUGGUUGAACCCAGAAUCGGCCAAGGGAGUGUUAAGAGAAGGAAAACGUCUGCCGCUAAGGAUUCUGGGGUGGCAGCACCAGCGGAGGAGUCACAGAAAACCAAUGUUCAGACACCGCCUGAACCUGGCCACAAAGAUGCAGCCCCAGCAGUGACUUUUGAGAAAGGAGAGGGACAGAAGGUGGUGAAGCCAGUGGGAAAGAUCCCUCGCCACGAGGGGCUCCUGAAGAGGACGAAGUCGAUGCUGAAGCCUACGACACCAAACUUCAGAAAGCUCCACGAGGCACAUUUCAAGAGGAUGGAGUCAAUCGAUUCGUACGUGGAAAGGAAGACCAAGCAAAUUGAUUUGUUCAGAAGUUCCGUGAAGGAACUGAAGGUUCUCUCCGAUAAGACUCUUUCUCACCCGACUGAAGGAAAACCCCCAGUGGUGUCGAGCUGUGCCUCCCUGUUCAGCCCAGCAUCCCAGAGACCUGCCACAGACCAACGCAGACCGACCCGGGUCUCGGGCAUCAAAUCAGCCACUGAUAAAAGUAGACUCUCAGCCAGUAAGCCGGCUACAGACCAACGCAGACCGACCCGGGUCUCAGGCACCAACUCCCCUCAGAAGGACGCUGCUGUUCCAUUCAGACCCACAGUCCUGUCCACUUGCAGGAUCAAUGUUCGGUUCUCUCAGGCGACUCAGGAUAACGAACACAAGGGGUCCAUGGUCAAGACACCAGCGCGCCCGUCAACCCGCGUGGAUCUCGUCACUCCUGGAAAAGAGACUAAAGUUGUCGGGAAACGUGAAGUCAACAAGCUCUCUGUUCCCUCUAGCACCAAGAUGCCAGGAACAGCAUUUGUGUUUAAUGCAAACACCAGUGUUCUUUCUCACACUCCUGGAACCAACAAGGCCAACUUUGAUCUGAAGGCCAGUCUCUCUAAGCCUCUCACCUACAAGCCUCACAAGGGGAAGCUGAAGCCUUACGGAGAGACCAAGGAGAACACAGCUGACCAGUCUCAGAUUGUUCUUUCACACCAGAAGAACUACAAACAGCACCCGGUUCAGACCAGGGAGGAAAGGAGGACAAAACAGACUGAAGACAGGAAGCAGAAGAAAGAGACCAUGCUUGGAGCCAGACGAGGCCUCGUCAUGACCUAAUUAUUGUCACCCCCCCCCCCCUCCCCCCUGUAAAGAUUAGACCCUGUUUUUACUGCAUCUGUUAUGAUUGUUCAGUUUUACUCUGUCGUUCCUCAAACAACUUCACUAUUACAAUGUUAUGUACUUUAUUGUUCACGUUAACGUGUUAAAUAUUUUGGUCAUCUGUAAUUCAUGUUUUACAGUGUGUGUAUAUGUUGUACUUUUUCCAGAAUUGUAAAUACAUGUAGUAAAUUUG